CCCAUUUUUUUUCACAUUUGCUUCAGAGAAAUCGAGGCCGGCUCACUCUGAAGACGGAUAUUGAGCCCAAGCUAUCCGUGAGAAUGAAGGCUGCCAUUGCUGCAUGCUACGUGAGGUGAUCCCGGUGAUACUACAUCCACCCAGCUAUGCUCUCGGUACCCCAUCGCUCGAGGAUGCUCCCCCAUGGCCUCUCUCGCCGCACCAACUUGAAGCUUGUAUUCACCUCACAUGUCUCCUCGCGAGGCUUUAGUCUGGCCAGAAGUAGCGACACACCCAAAGAGCGGGUCGUGAUUCUCGGCUCGGGCUGGGCAGGAUAUGGCUUCGCUCGGACGCUCGAUCCUGCCAAGUACGAGCGUGUGAUCAUCUCGCCGCGCUCCUACUUUGUCUUCACUCCCCUCCUGGCCUCGACUUCCGUCGGCACGCUCGAGUUCCGCACCAUUCUAGAGCCCGUCCGCCGCUUGCAGGGCAAGAUUGGCUUCUAUCAGGGCUGGGCCGACGACAUCGACUUUGACCGCAAGAUCAUCCGCGUCGAGGCGAACGCUGCCGAGGAGGCCGCCAGCAAGACUGUUGUGCCGCCUCCUUUCCCGCCUCCAUCCGAAACCAGCGGCCUGGAGAAGAUGGUCGAGGCACCAGCCAAGAGCGCUGAAAAGGACAUGAUCGAUAUCCGCUAUGACAAGCUCGUCAUCGCCUGUGGCGCGUACAGCCAAACCUUCGGCAUCGAAGGCGUGCGCGAACAUGCGCACUUUCUCCGCGACAUCGGCGACGCCCGCCGCAUCCGCCUGCGUGUGCUGUCGCUCUUUGAGCAAUGUUCAUACCCGCGCGGGGCGGACCACCUCAGCGACGCCGACAAGCGGCAACUGCUGCACUUCGCCAUCGUCGGCGGGGGUCCCACGGGCAUCGAGUUCGCCGCCGAGCUGCACGACCUGAUCCGCGACGACCUCGCCCCGCUGUACCCCGAUCUGAUGCCGCUGGUCAGCAUCACCGUCUACGACGUCGCCCCCAAGGUGCUCCCCAUGUUCGACCAGGCCCUGGCCCAGUACGCGAUGGACCACUUUGCGCGGCAAAACAUCCGCGUCAAGACGCAGCACCACCUGCAGCGGCUGCGCCUCGCCGACGGCGAGUUCGGCCGCCGCCACGGCGCGCUCAAAAUCAAGAUCAAGGAGUGCGGCGACGAAGAGGUCGGCGCCGGUAUCGUGGUAUGGAGCACCGGCAUCAUGGCCAACCCGCUGAUCGCCAAGCUCGCCGCGAAGGAGUUGACCUCGGCGGGCCGCAACCCGCCGCCCAACCCCAGCCAGCCGGCACCAGCAGCCCUCCGCCUCCUUCGGGACUCCCGCACCGGGGGGAUCGUGACGGACGCGUACCUCCGCGCUCGCUUGUCCGGUACCACCGCAGAAGGCGGCAGCGGGGACCGCGCCGCAAGCCCGGGCAUACUGGAGGACGUCUACGUGAUCGGCGACUGCGCGGUCAUGGAGAACGAGCCGACGCUGCCCAAGACGGCGCAGGUGGCGUCGCAGCAGGCGACCCAUCUGGCCCGGCGGCUCAACGCGGGCGGGGCGGCGGGCGUCGCGGCGAAGCCGUUCCGCUUCCGCAACUGGGGCACGCUGACGUACCUCGGCAGCUGGAAGGCCAUCCACCAGAGCCGGGCCGACGAGCUCAGGGGCUGGGUGGCCUGGGUCGUCUGGCGCGGUGCCUACUUGACCAAGAGCAUGUCGGUGAGGAACAAGAUCCUAGUGCCGAUAUACUGGUUAGUCUCGUGGAUCUUUGGGAGGGGAAUCAGUCGGUUCUGAGGGCGGUUCUGAGCUGGGGUUCAUGGUGACGAAGGCUUGUAAGAUAGGCGCCGGGUGUACACUUCAGGUUGUUCACAUGGAGAUAUAGAGGCUCGAGGACUUUAGUGAAC